CUGUAGGCGCGCUGAAUUGGGCUCAGCUGGGCUGAGGUGUAGGCGCGCUGAAUUGGGCUGGGCUGGGCGGAGCUGAGCUGAACUGUAAGCGUGCUGAAUUGGGCUCUGCUGGGCUGAGCUGAGCUGUAGGCGCGCUGAAUUGGGCUGGGCAGGGGUGAGCUGUAGGCGCGCUGAAUUGGGCUGGGCUGGGUUGAGCUGAGCUGAGCUGUAGGCGCGCUGAAUUGGGCUCUGCUGGGCUGAACUGGGCCAGGGUUCCGGAAUCGACGCAAUGUCUAGGCAGCGCGCGGCCUCGGGGAAGCCCUUUGUUGUGAACGGAUACAUUUUGCCUUUAAAGAACAAUGUAGCGAAGGAAGAUUCGGACGACGAGGAGGAAGAAGAUGAUGAACUGCAGUUCCUGGAUUUCGAGGACAUGAUGAGCAUGUCAGACGGUGCAAGUUCCGUCAGAGCCUCUUCUGUGGCGCGGCGGUCUGUUCUAAUCAAAGAUUGUGACACCAAUGAAACUUACAAAGUGCAUGGAAGGUUUCAUUUUACUGGUCCAUGGUGGAAAGUGACAGCAAAGAUCAAGUGCAUCCAGAAAAAAUGGUACUUAAGCUGGUAUCCAACCUACAGUCUGAGGAGUCAUCUGGCAGACCAAAGAAAGGAAAUUUUCAGCCUGUUCUUAACAGCGUGUAACGUUCAUGAGCAACAUAAAAAAAUUUUUAUUGAGUCUUUGACUGAGGAUAGUAACCUUGAAUUUUCAAACCUGUUGAAAACUUUACAAAGGCUUGCAGAUAAGGAUACUACACGAGACCAAAACUUCAUAAAAAGCAUUAUUGCAGCCAUAAAUAAUUCAGUUGAAGGUCAAUAUGUGCAGCAUGCGUUAAUGUUCCAAAACUUGACGGAGAUCCUGCCCAUGCUUCUGCCGCGGCACUUCUUGAGUAUUUUAAUGCCAAAAAGUGAAAAUGGAAGAGAGUCCCGUUCAUACCAUAUUCUGCAGGAGUUGGAACAGAUGAUUGAGACAGCAGUGUGGAAAUUAGGAUUCAGUCAAAUUCUCUCAAAGGAGCUACAGCUGAUUGGUUGUGAGGCAUCCUUGUUGGCCUUUGAGGAAGCUGAUAUCCUGAAGACAAUUCCAGAGUUACAAAGGCAUGCUUUGGUCAUUUAUGAUAAGCUCAAACAAACUUGCUGGAGUAAGGGACACACCUAUGUUAAAGUUAAUGGACUGACUGCAUUACGUCCAUCUGAGUUCAGUGUUCAAAGUGCAUGGGAAUCACUACAAUUUUUAAAGAACUAUGAGAUAAUCAUCGUGGAAAAAGAGCGAGUGUAUCUGAAGUGUUUUUAUAACUAUGAGAAAGACAUUGCAUCUUGUAUAAAGCAACUUAUGGAUAAACCUCCAUGGCAUAUUUCAGUGCCAGAGGCUUUGACAAAAGCCAACACUGCAGAGCAGAUGGAAAGACUACCUGAAGAUACAGGGAUCAAAGAAGUUAACUUGGAUUCUUAUCAGUUGAAAGCUGCUGCCAUGAUGUGUGAAAAUCCUGUUACAGUUCUCAGUGGUAAAGGUGGCUGUGGAAAGACAACACUUGUCAGCUGCAUCUUUAGCACAGUAGUUAAAAAUAUGGAGAGUGCAGAUAAUGAGGAACUAUUGCAAGCAUGUCAAGUUCUUGAGCAGGACAAAUGGGCUUCAGGAAGCUGGGAUAUCCCAUUGGGUGCAACUCCCAGUGGCAACUUUGAGCAAGUCAAUGUCAGAAAAGUAUCUGUGCUGUUCACUGCACCAACUGGAAAGGCAGCAUCUCUUUUAAAGAAAAAAACUGGGUUUAAUGCGUAUACUUUACACCAGGUGGUGUGGAGUUUCUGGGCCGCAGAGAAAUCAACUGCAUCAGGAAAACCUCUUGAUUGGAUGUUUUCUGAUGUCCAGGUACUGAUUGUCGAUGAGGGGAGUUUGGUUUCCGUGCGUAUCCUAAGUACUGUUUUAAAGUUGCUUAUGGAGCGUGCCAAUCUCAAAAAACUUAUAAUCCUUGGUGAUGUUAAGCAGCUACCAAGUAUUGAGCCGGGCAACAUGUUGACUGAUGUAUAUUCCGGUUUGCUCCAAAUUAAAUGGAGCAUUGAAUUACCAAACAAUCAUCGUGCAGAGAGCCAGCUGAUCAUAGAUAAUGCUGCUGGGAUUGCUGAGAUGGGAUUGAAGUCUACAUAUAACGAGUUGCAAUAUGACGCAGUGAUGCACAUAUCAAAGUCUGCAGAUGUCACCAUUCCAACAUCUGAUAAAAAAUUCAUUCUUGUUUCUCUGCCCCCCAAAUAUAACCCCACUGAUCUUCAAGAAGCUAUUGAAUGUUUAUUAAACUCAAAAGCCCCAGGACUGGAUGAUGAUGUGACCUCUCAUUUUGUUGCAUUUAGACGGGCAGACUGUGACUUAAUUAAUGAACUCUGCUGCAAGCGAUAUGCAGGCCAUCCGACUAGAAAUCAUAAAAACAAGAUUGAUUUCCAGGUGGGGGACAAAGUAUGCUGUUCAAAGAACGGAUAUGUCAGAGACUUUACACAACAGUCAGAGGCACAGACAAAGUCAGAACUGAAAGAAGAGAAACUCGUUCGUCUGUGUAAUGGAGAAAUCUUUUUUAUUGCCCAGUAUAAAACUGAACAAGCCAAGAACCGAAGCUCAGAUUACUUGCUGCUGGAUGAUAAGGACAAUCGACAAAUAUUUGUGAACUAUAAAAAUGUAAUGAGAGAGUGCAGAUUGCAACAUGCAUGGGCCAAAACAAUCCAUACCUUUCAGGGCUCUGAAGUUGCCACAGUUGUGUAUGUUGUAGGUUCAGCAGGAAGACAGAACUGGCAACAUAUCUAUACUGCAGUCACACGAGGGCGCCAGCGUGUCUAUGUUGUUACUGCUGAGGAUGACUUUAUUAAAGCAGUGACAGCCAAAAGCCCUCCCAGAAACACCCGGCUGCGUGAAUUGCUGCGAGAGGAACUACGAGAAAUGAAACCCACUUCUGAUACUGAAGGAUUAUGGACCCAGCAGAAACCAAGUUGUGUUCCUUUGGGAAUGACCUCCACACUUGGAGUAGCGACCUCGGUGCAGUUCACUUCGCCUAAGUCUACUGUCCAGGUAAUGGAUGACUCUGACUCUGACUCAGACUCAGUGUUGAGCAAAGCCAAUGAAAUAAGAAAGGACAACAGCAAAAUAGAUCCUCAGGAAGGAGACUCCUUGGCGGAGGAUUUGGCAUUUGCACAAAAUUAUAGCUGGUCUCCUCAAAGUCUGGAGUUUCAGAACAGGCACUGUGAGAUGCUGAAAAGUACAACAGCAGUGCACAGCAGCUCUCUUGAAGCUAGCAAUGAAACCAUAAGGGAUUCUCCCAUGGCAAUGACUGGUGAGGAAAUCGCAAGUCCUAAUAAAGUUUCAACACCUUGGUCUUGCAGCAGUAAGAGAAUUGGUAAUACUUUGGAAGACGAGAAAUCACCUCAAAAAUGUUCAAAGGUAUCCUUGACGGAUUCACCUCUUGGCUGCAAGAUGUUUCGGCAGCUGGCACUUGACUGCCCAGCCCCAAGUUACAACUUGAAAGAAGUAAAGCAGCUUUCUAAAGAAGGGAAUUGAAUGCAAAGACACCAAACACAAAAGAAAAAAUGGAAAUAAUGUGCAAUAAGUUAAAGGUGCUUUUAUGGUGAAGAUUUUAUGCUGUUGAGAAUGUUGAAGGUUCCAACAACAGUGUUUUUUAGGACAACAGUUUGCACUGAUCUGUAAAACUGAGACUCAGACCACAGCUUUAAGCAUAUUUUGUCAAUUACUGCAAACUGAAACCAAUAACUACUAAGGUUUAAAAAACAGAACAUUCAUUAUUUUAUUUUCGUAGAUCAUUUUUAAGUGUUUUAAUUUUGACAUCCAUCUUGGAACACCUCCAAGUUGUAAUGUAUCCUGUAGUGUAUUUGCAUUUUGGGUUAUGGAUACAGUCUUAAAACUAAACUACUGCAGUCAUGAUGUAUGCUUUUACGUGGUUUUAUUUCAUCUCGCAUAUCCCUUACAAAUUAGCAGUGAAGAUUCCCAAAACCUUAAGAGGACGAUAAAUAUCAUGCUACCAAAGUAGGAAAUUUUGUACAAAAAUACUUUACAGUUUAUAAUACUUGUUUGUUACAAAUAAAAAUACAUUGUCCAAGGGACAUUGGGAGGGAUUUGAUUCAAUUUUGCCGAGAGUCAAGCUGUCUAGUUGUUGGCAGUGUUUGUUUUAAAUACGAAUCACAUUGUUCGGCUGGAAAACUUAACGUAAUGACUCUAUUCUUCAGGUGGUUCAAAGUUUAAAUGGAUCAAAGCAGGGUACAGAUGCUUCCUUAACCUACACUUGGACAUCUAAAAACAAUUUGACUUUUUACCAUUCGUUGGAAAACCUGGAGUAGCAGCCUAAUUUCUUCUCAUUGCUUGCUUGUUUUCAUGGCCAGAUUUCACCAGAUGGUGGAAGCUAACAUCAUCUAACCUGGUUUGUUCGAUUCACUGAAGUGAGACACAACCACCUACAAUACUAACAUUUUAACCAGCCUUGAAAUUCAUGUACAUCAAAGAGUUCAUACUUCAGUGUUACCGAUUUACAAAUACAAAUGUGUUAAUCAACCAUUUACCAGCCCACUGCUGGAUCUUAACAUGUAGAAGACACAAAUGAACAGAUUUAAGAUUACCUAUUUGGAUUAAUGAAUUAAUAAUAAGACUUGGUAAUCUGAAAUGGCAGGUAUAUAGCAAGAGUUACGGUCCUGGUGGCAAUAUUAGAAUCCCCAUGGUAGAAGAUGAGGCCACAAAUUCCUGACGAAGAGAAGGUCACCUGUGGUUAUUUGUUUUCUUUUUAAAAACAGGAAUAGUGUUUUUUUUCAAGCUUAUUGUUCUUAUGUUUUUUGCGGUUUGUAGAAGGAAAUCUCAAUGUUCAAUCUGAGCAUUGUGAUUUUAAGUAUUACUGGAAAUUGGAGCUAACAAUCACGUAAGGUUCGCACUGCUUCCAAGUGAGAAUUCUGUUAAAAGAUAACAGCCCCCAAGAACAAAGCCUUUGGGUCAGAAACCAAUUGAGCAAAGACUAACUAAACUGUUGUCUGUGCAGUUUAGACAGUUUCUUUUAAACAUAUACAUUUAACUAGGGAUAAGACUGUGUGCUGCAUCUCUAGCUUUGGGAUAUAAGCAAGAUUUUCAAUUUAAUUAAAAAGGCUCAUUUUACAUUUUAUGCAGCAUGUAUAUUUUCUUUUGACCAGUAACCAGCUGGCAACAUCAAUAAAAAGGUUAAUUUUAUUUUCAGAAUUUAGACAGUAAUCACCAGGGAAAAAAAAUAAACUACUCUUGGCAUAAUAGUGCACAGGUUUUGUUUCAUGGCUGUGCCCUGCAUAGACUGGCUUAGUUAUGUUUCACAGUUUUGUCAAACCUGUUAACUAGCUUUUUUUGUUAUUUGCGAUGUUGAAGGGAGGGGGUCUUAUCAAAAAAAUAAGUUUCUGCUGAUUUAUGAAAUCUGUGCUUGGAACCUGUGAGAGACAUGAAUGACAGACUGAAAAGGCAGGUGUUCCACAAAUGAACAUUUUUUAAAAAAGUGAGUUAGCACCAUUAAAAGUACAGAAGAUACUUCAGCCUUUUGGACUGAAUGCAUUGUACUACAAUGUAUUUGUAUUCUCCUGUAUAUCCAUACUAGUGAGUCUUCCUUUCUGUUGCCUGAAAACAUGACUUUCAUCUUGCUCGCUCCAUUCUCCUGCUUGGGACAUCUGAUCUAGAGAGAGUACCUCCUGACAGGCCAGCGGGUUUCUGCUGAUGACUAGCUCAAGUUUAUUACCAGAAUCUGCUAUGAGAGGCACCACCAGACAGCAGUCAAAAUCUCUUGUACGGAUAUGAUUUACCUGUUGGAAGGAAAUAAAAUCAAUAUUCAAGAAA